GCGACGGUAUUGAUGCGAGUGACACACUCCCGCCAAUUCCGACAGAGGAGCGCGAGGCAGGCAGUGGGGUAAACGGAGGGAGUAUGUGGGAGAUGCGGAAAGAGGAAGAGCUAUGUUUUAUGAGAAAUAAAUUAGAAAUACAUGUUGUUUAAAUAGCAGCAUAAUAUUAGGUGCGUUAUCGGGGGGCAUUCUCGGGUGUUUACGCAGCCUGCACCGUAGUUUUGAAGUUGUUUAUCUCAAAGGAGAGGAGCACCGGGUUAGUGUUUGGGAUGUUGGCGGCGGAAACCCCAUCUGUGGACGGACACUUGGCAGCAUCGACUCCCCGCAGAAGAGACUUUCACGCCAAUACAGGGUGAUCAAGACUUGAGGACCCACCGUACACUCGACAGCUGCACUGGCAUGGAUUGUAAGUCAAGUAACAAUGCCAAUAAGAAACUUAUCCAAGCUCGUCUCCCAUUCAAGCGCUUGAACCCUGAACCCAAAGAGAACCAGCCGUCUAAACGUCCCUGCGCACAUGCCUGCCCUGAACCAGGAGUCCCAGACAGGGAGAAUGAGACCUCUGCACUCCCUGUGCACAGUGGACCACCCUUGGUCAAUGGUCGCGGGCCCCUUGAUGGCUUCCUGAGCCGUAGGUGCCCUGCACCAUCAGAUGAGAACAUGGUAAUAGAUCUGACAGUGGACAACAGUUCGUCUCCCGUAAAGUGCCUUGUUUCACCUGCUCCUGCCUCUACCUGCCUCCCAACAAAACACCAACAUCAGGGCAAGGACAGAACUGCCUCUUCUGGGAAAUCCAGCAACGCUGAUCAAACUUCUGAAACAAACGUUUUAGACUGCACAAUAGACAGCGAAGAUGAAGUAGACGAGGUUGAGGAAAAAGAUGGGAAUCAGACAGCAUCUAUCUCGCAGCUUGACACAACUCAGGAUUCUGAAAGUGAGCCAGAGGAGGAGAACGAGUCAGGAAAUGUUUCCAGUUUAGGAAACAGGUCCAUGCUGUCGGCUUCAUCAGCCAGCUCCUCAUCCGAAAGCUCACCAGAGAAAUCCAAGUCUGAUGAUCUGACACCCACUACUACACCUACAGAGCCAAAGACAACCCCCAAGAUACCAGCAGAUGAGAAAAAGAUCAAAAGACGCUCAUUGAAGAGUUUACAAGAACAAGAGAAGAGGCUUCGGCUGCGACAGGAGAAAGAACGUCAAAAGGAAGAGGCUAAAGCCGCAAAGGAGAAAAAGAAAGAAGAGGCUCGCAAGCAAAAGGAAGAGCGAGAGAAGGAAAAACGAGAAAAAAAAGAAAAAGACGAGAGAGAGAAACGAGAGAAGAAAGAGAAGGAGGAGAAGGAAAAGGCAGAGAGGUUAAAAGCAAAAGAGGAGCAACGGAAAUCAAAGCUGGAGGCAAAGCUUGAAGAAAAAAGGAAGAAAGAAGAGGAGAAGCGAAUGAAGGAAGAAGAGAAACGGUUGAAAGAAGAGAAAGAUCGCCUCAAAGCUGAGAAAGCCGAAAUUACACGGUUUCUACAGAAGCCCAAGAUCCAACAGGCUCCAAAGACACUUGCAGCUGCAUGUGGGAAGUUUGCUCCAUUUGAGAUAAAAGAAAACGUGUUCCUGGCUCCGCUGUGUCGGGUUCAGUGUGAGGACUCUGUUCUGGAGGAUCUGGACCGGUGUUUGUUGAACCCCCCUGAUAACCUGAAUGGACUGAAAGACUGGAUUGGGCAAGAACCCCGCUGGUCAGGACCCACCAAACCCAGACACACUGAAUCACUCAGCGAGUGUAUAACAGUGGAAGGGCCCAAACCAGAUGGUGUGCCAGAUCGUAAACGAUAUGGGCCCAUGAAGCUGCUACAAUUCCAUGAGAAUUACCGUCCAGCGUACUGGGGCACAUGGAGUAAGAAAAGCUCACACAUCUCACCUCGCUGCCCCCUCAGACAAGACAAGGAGUUGUUGGACUAUGAGGUGGACAGUGAUGAAGAAUGGGAGGAAGAGGAACCCGGAGAGUCCUUGUCGCAUAGUGAAGGGGAAGAUGAGGAGGAAGGAGGGGAAGAUGAUGAUGACGAUGGCUUCUUUGUUCCUCACGGCUACCUUUCAGAUGAUGAGGGUGCUCUAGAAGAAGAGGAGGGUGGUGACUUGGAGAAGCAGAAACUACGUCAAAAACUGAAAGCAAGAGAGUGGGAUGAGCUGAUGUCCACCAAGAAGAAGAUGAAGGUGCUGGAGCCAGUGCUGAGGGGCUGCGUCUGGGAGGGAGAAGGACCUGCUCUGCAGCUCUUCCAGCCUUAUGCUGUGUGUCUGGUCGAGCCUUUACCCAAGGCAGACACCAGCCCCAGCCCAGAGGAGCUGUCGCAGAGGUGUGAGAGAGACGCGCAAUUACUUGGUCAGCUGCUGCCUCUGCUGCAUGGCAAUCUCAACAGCAGCAAAGUGAUCAUCACCGAGUUUCAGGAGUUUUGUCGUCAGCAGACCACCUCCUCAUCAUCACCUGCUGAACUGUCCAGUCCUCAGAGCCCAGUAGAAAACAUUCCCACCAGAAUACAGGUGAAGCGCCUCAUUAAGAACAAUGCUGUUUAUGAGAAGCGCUCAACCUACAGACGCUGCUGCUGGUAUGUGCAUGCGGAGGUCCUGUCCCGCUUUGGUCAGGAGUCUCUUCCUGUGCCCUGCCAGUGGACCUACCUCACCACAGGAGCUCGAGAAGAGUCCCGUGAAGAACCCCAGGCAGCCACAGGCUCUCAGGGAAACUCUCCCACUACACCCCAGACCUCCACCACCACGUCUUCAUCCUCCAACAAAAGAAAGAGCACCGGUAGCAUGUCAAUCACCAAGUUCAUGAAGAAAUGUACUGACCCCGAGCAGACGGAAGCAAUGGAGGCAGACGGUUUUCAAGCUGACACUGAGGAAGACGACGAGGAAGACUGUGUCAUCCUCUCCAUACAGAGUGGUCCAACCAGAGAGGACUCACCCAACAAGGGAGAUUGUCUGAUGGAAGUCAGCCCCUCCGAAACAGCUGCUCUCCCUGUGGCCAGCGCUGCUCCUACACUUGCCACUGCCUGAGGACAGGAAAGACCGUCUCAUCUAACCAAGCUACCCCGAUUCCUGGUUCUGAACUCUACCCGUGUCCAAGACACAAUCAAGUCUUCAAACAAGAUGAAGCACCUCACACUCUGGUACAUGCAACUCUCAAGCAAGAGGCGUCAGUAUUAGGAGUUUCCUCUCGCCUAAUUUUUUUCAAGGAGUCAGGAGUCAUCUUGCCUAUAAAAUGUAGUUUUGCAUAAAAGAGUGACUUGGUUAUUGAGGGCAGGUUUGUCCAGUGCUGAUUAACUAUGUCUGAGUUUUACAUUGAAGUUUCAGUCAGGCAGGUUUGGCAUGGGCCUCUUUAAAGUGGAUGGUGAACGUUUCACUGGCACUGCUUUAGCUACAUCAGAUGGAGUUGAACAGAGGGAGGAAGAGCGGAACAGAAAUGCCCAAUUUUCACGAGAAGCAUCCAAGACAUCAAGAACAGCGUUAUUUGAAAUGUUGAAUUGAUGAUGAUAUUGGAUUUCCUCUAGUCUAAAUGUAUAUAGUUUACCAGAAAUAAGAGUUUGGAAAUGAGAGGCUUAAAGUCCAUCUGUAAAUUUCCCUUUUGAUUUCAAUGGGUGCAUUUAUUCUGCAAUUUCUAAGUCUGACAACUCACUGGAUCAGUUACUAGAUCUGUACCUAUACAGUUAGGUCCAGUGUCACAUUGUUUUAUAAAUAUGUAUUUUCUGUAUUUUUUUUUCUGUAUUUUUUUUCAAGAAUACUUGAACAGGAUCAAUUCAGUAAACAUGAAUAAAAGUACUGCACUUUUAUAUCA